AUGAUGGAAGGAGGCUGGCUUCCCGGAGGAGUCCUCCUCUACCUCAUUCUGCACCUGCCCCUUCAAGGGCCUCUGCGCUCUACAGGACGAGGCGACACUUUCACCAUUAACUGCUCGGGCUUUGACCAGCAUGGGGUGGACCCCGCAGCCUUCCAGCCGGUGUUCGACAGGAAGGCCUUCCGUCCUGCCCUCAACCACAGUGUCCCCACAAUGGUCAACAUUUCCUUCACCCUGUCCGCCAUCCUUAAAGUGGAUGCCCAGCUUCAACUGAUGACAUCAUUCCUGUGGUUAAACAUGAUCUGGGACAAUCCAUUCAUCAGGUGGAAGCCAGAGGACUGUGGGGGCCUCAGGAAGCUCAGCCUGGCAACGGAGAACCUCUGGCUGCCAGAUAUCUUCAUCGAGGAGUUCAUGGAUAUAGAUCAGACCCCGAACGACCUCCUGGCUUACGUCAACAGUGACGGUCGCAUCAAAUAUGACAAGCCAAUGCGGGUGACCAGCAUCUGUAACCUGGACAUCUUCUACUUCCCCUUUGAUGAGCAGAACUGCACCCUCACCUUCAGCUCUUUCAUCUACACGGUGGAGCACAUGGUCCUGGGCAUGGAGAAAGAAGUGCAAGAGAUUUCCAGCACAUCCCAGAACCUCAUCCGGAGCAAGGGAGCAUGGGUACUUCUGAGCAUCCACCAAAGAGCCGAGAAGAUGAAUGUGGGCAACCACCAGUACGACCAAAUCGUUUUCUAUGUGGCCAUCAGGCGCAGGCCUAGCCUCUAUGUUCUCAACCUUCUAGUCCCCAGUGGCUUUCUGGUGGCCAUUGACGCCCUCAGCUUCUACCUGCCGGCCGAGAACGAGAACCGGGCGCCCUUCAAGAUCACCCUUCUGUUGGGUUACAACGUCUUCCUGCUCUUGAUGAACGACUUACUGCCAGACACGGGCACACCCCUCAUCAGUGUGUACUUCUCCCUGUGCCUGUCCCUGAUGGUCGUCAGCCUGCUGGAGACCAUCUUCAUCACCUACCUGCUGCAUGUGGCCACCACCCAGCCGCCACCCAUGCCGCCAUGGCUCCACUCUCUGCUCUUCUAUUGCAUCAGCCCCUGGAAAGGCUGCCCCACUACACACCAGAAGGGAAACAGGGGUCCGGGUCUCCAGCCCUCUCACCUGCCUGGUGUGAAGGAGCCUGUGGAGUUGGUGGGAAAGGAGGCUGGGCCCAGAGGGGCGGAAGUGAAUGGAGGUCCAGAGUCAGCCAAUGCCCAGCAGGUAGAUGAGGCUCGGAAGAGACAUCUGGUCGACCUGUGGGUGCUCUUCAGCCACAUGAUGGACACCCUGCUCUUCCGCCUCUACCUGCUCUUCAUGAUCACCUCUGUCAUCACAGUCACCAUUCUCUGGACCACCUAGGCAGAGGCCAUCUGAAAGCCCCAGUCUGG